AUGGGGCCCCGGCCACGUUGUUUGCAAACACCGCCGCCCGCAGGCACCGAGCGCUCCCCGGCUCCGCCUCCCGGCUGCCGGGAAAGGCGGGCCCGCCGCGGGGCCGCGGGGAUUCCCCCGCGCAGGCCCCGGAGCCGACGGCGCCUCCACCGGGCCGGGGCGGCUGCCGAGCUGCGGGCGGGAGGAGCGGCCCGGCCGGCUCGGCCCGCCCCCCUGCCCGGGGCUGGGCUGCCCACGGGCCCUCCCCCUGCCGGGCCGGGGCGGGGGCCUCUCUCCUCCCGCCCGGACAUGGCGCCGGGCCGGCUCUCCGCCGCUCCCAGGGAGCCCCGCGGCGGCGGCCAUGCCAGCCCCGCCCGCCCGCCCGGCGGCGGCCGGAAGAUGCCGGUUCCCGGCGCGGCGGCUCUGCCCGCGGCCCCGCUGCUCGUGGCGGAGGGGCCGCCGGCCCCGGAUCGCGGCGGCAGGGGGAGGCCCCCGCCGCAGAGCGGGGUGCUGCUGCCCUGCCCCUCGGUCUCCGUGGUCUUCCCGGGGGCCGUGAGCCGGGAGAGCUGCUGCCGCUUCGCCGGCGAGCUCCUCAAGCACGUCCUGCACCAGCGGCACCAGCUCCCGCUGCCCUACGAGCAGCUCGCGUUCUUCUGCCGGCGGCCGGCGCCGGAGGGAGAUGUGAGGAAGAAGGCAGCCUCCGUGGACCUGGCGAGCAAGAGGUGCCAGCAGACGCUGAUGGACCUGGAAGGACUGCUCCAGCACUUGGAAGCGAUGUUUAGUCUGACCCCGGUUCCCCGGGUUCUUUUCCUACUUGGAGGCACCGUCAUGAGCCCCAGGGAGCUCUAUGAGCUCAACUUGGAGGGCGUCUGCGAGGGCAGCGCUGAGGAGAGCCUGGAAACUGCAUCCUGCGUUCGCAAGCUGUUCCACUCGCUCUUCGUUGCGGACGUCUUCAGUGAGCUGCAGGCUCUCCCUGCCACGGACACUGUUGUCAUGCUCCAAGGACGCCGUGACUGUGGUGUGGAUUGGUUCUGGCCCAAGCUCAACUAUAAGGUACCGACCCGAGGGAAGAAGCUAACGGUGACCUUGUCCUGUGGUGGAGAGAUGCACCUCAGCGCCUCGUCUCCUCAGCACGUGGCUUCUACCUGGGAGGACUACAUCUGGUUUCAAGCGCCUGUGAUGCUCAAAGGCUUCCAGGAGUGACCUGUGUUCUGCGGAACUGUAACAGAAUCUUGAGUAACCCUUGGUGCUGCUUUGAGCCACUGUCAGUUUAUCAAAUGCAACUGUCUUUUCUUGUCAGUCUGGGUCUCUCUCCCAGGGCACCUGCUGCCUUCCUGCAGCUGGACUGCGCUCGUGUGUCUUCAUCUCCUGAACUGUUGUUGAAAGCAAACGCUCCUGAAGGCACCGUUGCACACAGGUCCCGUGAUUCUUUAGGGACCUGAGUUGCGGCACAAGAGAUGAAUUGGUGUGUCGGGAGGCAAACUUUCCUGCUGCUUCCUUACUGAGUUGGCAAAUGCUGGAUAAGGGCUUCUCUCUCCUGAGCUGUAAUGCAGGCAUUUUUCUGGAGAUAAUCGCUACCACAGCUGAGAGAUAGACUGGGGCUCCAGACAACGUAUGUGAUUAUUAAAACACUUGGUCGUUACUGUUCCUGUAAAAGGAGACAAAGGCCUGUGCUCUGGUCAGGCUUGGGCACUCAGGUGUUUGCCCACCUGCUUGGUACAAUUAGAUUUCCCCAUAACUCCGUUUCAGUUCCUUGAUAAUCCAAAGAGUGAGAUUCUCAGCAAUUGGAAGGCAGAUCUUGUGCUGAGCACUGUCUUGUACUGAUGAAAAGGAGAGGCUGGAGUCCUGUGGAGACAGGGAAGUGCAUCUUCCUCUAUGUAUCUGUUGUGUAAUGAGCUUAAUGGCUCCAAAGAGCUCUAUUCCAUUGGAAGAGAAACUGGAGCCUACUGGAAGUGAGGUUGCCUGCAGAUUCUAGCUAGCAAAAGUUGCACGGUGGGGUGGUUAAAAUCCUUUCAGAGGAGGGUAGAGGUUGAAGUAGCUCUCAACGCUUGGUGCCUAUUUUAUCUUUGACCUGUUGGAAUAGAACAAAGUUCUAGAACUAGGAGGAAUUUUAAGUUGAUAUUUUUGAGCCUGGAGAGGACUCGGAGUGCCCUAUUCUUCAUUAACAGCUGUUUACAAUGUGUAGUAACUGCUAAAGCUGCUAGAAGGGAAAACCUGCUGGAAGGAAGAAAGCUGCCUUUUGUGCAGCUGCCCACUUGAAUAUAGAGCUGCAGGUCUCUUGAAUUAAAAUGUAACUUGCACGUAGCAGUGUUUGUGCCCAGGAGAUGAAAACCCUUUACACUUCCAGCAAAGCUGCUUAUCAUGCAUAUUUAAGAAUGCUGGCCCUCAGGUAUUUAAAGAACUUUGGAAGAGAAGCCUCAGUUCUGAUGAACAAGGUGCUAGUUCUUUUCUGUUCCCUUCCCCAGAGGGUUUCAAUGUUACUGCAUUAAACUGUUUACAUACUGGGUUACACUUGAGCUAUGAAUGCAGCAGUGAUGUGGUGCUGGGAAUGAAAGAAGACAAGAUGCUGGUGAUUGUUUUUUUCUUAGCAAGAACUUUGGAGCUUGUUUAACAAAUUCAGUACUAUAACCAUUAUCAAAAUAAAAUGCUGGUUACUUUA